GCCCACUCAUUUUCAAAGCAAUAAACGAGCUCAAAUUCAUUUAAUUUGCGUCCCGAGUGGGCUUCUUUAUUGAAAUAUAGAGAGAAGGUUGAAGACGCAGCAGCUUAUUGGAAGCUUGUUGAUCAUGGCGAGGCCUACGGUCACCACGGAGGUGGGAAACGAUGGCGUUGCGGUGAUCACCAUGUCUAAUCCUCCUGUGAACGCUCUAGCUAUUUCCAUGUUUCCUGUCUUGAAGUCGAAAUUUGAUGAGGCGAUGAGGAGAAAUGAUGUGAGAGCUGUCGUUUUGACUGGCAAAGGCGGGCGGUUCUCUGGUGGAUUCGACAUCAAUGUUUUCGAAAGGAUUCACAAGACUGGGGAUAUAUCUAUCAUGCCUGAUGUCACUGUUGAUAUUACAGUCAACACAAUGGAAGAUGCCAAGAAACCAAUUGUUGCUGCCAUUGAAGGACUUGCUUUGGGGGGAGGGUUAGAAAUGGCUUUGGCAAGUCAUGCACGUAUAGCUGUACCUAAAGUUCAACUUGGUUUACCAGAGUUGACACUUGGAGUAAUUCCAGGGUUUGGAGGCACUCAACGACUUCCCAGACUUAUAGGUCUGUCAAAGGCUAUUGAAAUGAUGCUGUUAUCUAAAACAAUCACGUCGGAAGAAGGAAAGAAGCUAGGCCUUAUUGAUGCCAUUGUCAGUCCCGAUGAGUUGCUGAAAGUAGCUAGAAAGUGGGCUUUAGAUAUUGCUGAUAGACGCAAGCCAUGGAUCCGUACUCUUCAUAGGACAGACAAAAUUGGGUCCCUGGCUGAAGCUCGUGUGGUAUUAACAUCUGCUAGAGAGCAGGCAAAAAAGAUAGCGCCCAACAUGCCUCAGCACCUUGCGUGUAUUGAUGUUAUUGAAGAGGGAAUAGUUCGUGGAGGAUAUAGAGGGAUUCUAAAGGAGGACAAAGUAUUCAAGGAACUUAUAGUAACAGACACUGCAAAAGGUCUUGUUCAUGUCUUUUUUGCCCAGCGUGCAAUAUCGAAGGUACCAAAUGUAACUGAUCGUGGCCUUAAACCAAGACUAGUGAAGAAAGUUGCUGUUAUUGGGGGUGGUUUAAUGGGUUCUGGCAUUGCAACAGCUCUUAUUUUAAGCAACAUCCAUGUUGUUCUUAAGGAAAUCAAUGCUGAAUAUCUUCAAAAGGGAAUAAGAAUGAUUGAAGCAAAUAUUGGAGGCUUAGUAGUGAAAGGCAAGCUGACACAAAAUAAGGCUGAUAAAGCUCUUCUGAUUCUUAAAGGCGCAUUGGAUUAUUCAGACUUCAAAGAUGUAGAUAUGGUGAUUGAGGCCGUUGUUGAGAAUGUUCCCCUUAAACAAAAAAUAUUUAGUGAAAUUGAGAAAGUUUGCCCUCCUCACUGUAUCUUAGCAACUAAUACGUCGACUAUCGACCUCAAUCUAGUUGGAGAAAAAACUAGAUCCAUUGAUCGAAUCAUUGGAGCACACUUUUUCAGUCCUGCUCACGUGAUGCCACUCCUAGAAAUUAUACGGUCAGAAAGGACUUCUCCACAAGUGAUUCUUGAUCUUAUGACCGUUGGAAAAGUUAUAAAGAAGGUUCCUAUUGUUGUGGGCAACCGCACUGGAUUUGCAGUCAAUCGUGCAUUUUUUCCAUAUUCUCAGGCUGCAUUUUUUUUGGUUCACUUAGGCGUAGACCCGAUCAGAAUUGACCGGUUGAUCACCGGUUUUGGUCUCCCCUUAGGCCCCUUCCAACUUCAGGAUUUAAGCGGAUAUGGAGUGGCAACUGCUGUAGCGAAGGAAUUUUCGGCUGCAUUCCCUGAUCGAGUUUUCGUCUCGCCAUUGAUUGACCUGAUGAGGAAAAAUGGUCGUGAGGGUAAAAACAACGGUCGGGGUUUCUAUAUCUAUGAGAAAGGAAGCAAACCAAAGCCUGAUCCUUCAAUUUUACCAAUUCUGGAGGAGUCUAGGCGCAUUGCCAACCUUAUUCCCAGUGGAAAGCCUAUAUCCAUUUCUGAUCAGCAAAUUUUGGAAAUGGUACUCUUUCCUGUGGUAAAUGAGGGAUGUCGAGUGGUCGAAGAACGAAUCGUCGUUAGACCGUCUGACCUUGAUGUUGCAACUGUUCUCGGAAUGAGCUUUCCUUCCUAUCGCGGUGGCAUCCUCUUUUGGGCAGAUCUGGUUGAGCCAAAACAUGUGUAUACAAGUCUCAAGAAAUGGUCAGAACAAUAUGGUGAUGUCUUCAAGCCCUGCAAGUAUUUAGAGGAUAGAGCAGCCAGAGGCAUACCUCUGAGCGAAGCCAUUGCAGAAGACGUAUCGUCGAAAUCCCGACUCUAAGAGAAGCUUCCUUUACCCAAUCAUCCUGCAAUAAGUUCAGUAAUGUAAAAAAUCUCAGUUGUAAUAUUAGCUUCCCUUUUGCAAAUCGCUUAUUUGCAAAAGAAAUAAUAAAGGCUUUGGAAUGGUUUGGAUUGCAUUGUUAUGUUAAUAGUUCAAUCAUGGGAGGUAGGGGUUAACUUA